AAAGCUUUUUGCAAGAGAACGAAAAUGAGACGGCGACCAGGAAUUGGCGGCCUACAAACGGCAGCCACUGCUAGGUAUAUAAUCGUUCUUUGUCAUGUCUAUGUUUCGAUUUUUCUUUCCCCCAAUUCAAAGGAUCAAUACCGGCUACUGGGUGAAAAUGUAGCCAAGCUAAGAACCGACCUUAUGAAAGAGCAGCUCGCCACUUUCCGUUCUCAGUUGGAAGAUUUUGCCCGCAAACACAAGAAUGACAUUCGCAAGAAUCCAACAUUUAGGGCGCAAUUCCAUGAGAUGUGUGCUAAGGUAGGAGUGGAUCCUUUGGCCUCUAAUAAGGGAUUCUGGGCAGAGCUGCUAGGAAUUGGUGACUUCUAUUAUGAACUUGGGGUACAAAUUGUUGAGAUAUGUUUAAACACGAGACCUCAUAAUGGAGGUCUGAUAAACCUGCAAGAGCUCUGCGAUCUACUUCGCCAGAGGAGGAAAGGUGAUCGCGGAGCUGUGACUGAGGAUGACUGCUUGCGUGCUAUAAGUAAACUUAAGGUAAUGGGAAGUGGUUUCGAGGUUAUAUCUGUUGGCAAGAAGAAGUUAGUUCGGUCUGUGCCAACAGAACUGAACAAAGACCAUAAUGCAAUCCUGGAGUUGGCUCAGGCUCAAGGCUUUGUAACUGUUGAUGGGGUGGAAAGGCGGCUAUCUUGGACAACCGGGAGAGCCAUAGAUGCCUUGGAUACACUAUUAGAGGAAGGGCUCGCCAUGAUUGAUGAUGGCCACCGGGAUGGCAAGCGAAGAUACUGGUUCCCCUGUGUCUCCUCCAUCUCCUCUGCAGUUGGGGACUGACAUUUUGACACUUUAUGUUUGCCUCAAACAAUAAAAAAGAAACAAUGGUCUGUUUGGUCGAUCAAUUUCACUUUUGUUUCAUCUUUCUAGUCCAUGCUUGGAUGCACAAUGUUGUACAAACAAUUUCAACUUCACGAAUAAUGCGAAUACAGGAACCAGAAGAAUUACAAUGUAGACUAUAGUAAUUCAGUAUAGCUAUGCAACUACCAGAAAGAGCAAUUCAACUUCAGAUUGUGAUCUCGGCAUCCUCGUCUUCUGUCCAGGCAGAGUUGGGGUCACUCCAGGACCUAGGUUUCACCCCUAGCUUGAAGUAAACCACCAUCUCCAACACCUCGAACACCUUAUUCCUGUCCAGCAAGUCAUUCCAUAUCCCACUCACUAUACAGUAGUUGUUGUUGUACGGCGGUCGGUGGUGAUCAGCGUGCUGCCCCCUGGACACCAGAACUCCAGCAUCCUGCAAUGCCACCACCGCUGCCGGCAGCUUGCUUUUCGUACUAUGAGCCCAAGCGUGAAACUGCUGGCUGAACAUAAUGCACCCGGAGAACAUCCCCACAAAGCCAAGCACAACAGGGUCACUGCACACCAGCUCCACAGGAAGCACUGAGAACGCCACGACACGAGCCAGGGAGUGCAGGUUGUUGGCGAAUUCGCGCCUGGUAAUCGUCCAUGGCCACUUGUGGUGACCCUGGAAGGCCUCGAUUUGAGAACCGAACCCUGGCGUCGAUGCAUCGCCGUAGUUGUCAAUGCCCCAGUGGUACACUCCCGAGCCAAGAUCAGCCAGGAUGUAACCCAUGUACCCCGCGAGCACUGGCUCGAGCCAAAUGUGCACGCUAGCUGCACCGACGGCAGCCUUGGCGAGGGAGAAGAGCACGGUAGCACAUCCUGUUGCAACCCAUCCACGGUGGGACCAUGUUGACUUCAAACCGGGGUCGUUGGCGGUGAGAGGGAUUACCGGUGGAGCUCUGCUGACACGCUGUGGUUGGGAGACUAAGUGGUUGGAGUUGGGAUUGUCCUUGAUCAAGGUGCAGGUGAUUGUGGUGAUGGAGGUGGCAUAUCGAAUCGGAAUUACACGGUGGUGGUGGUGGAAGCCUUGGCCGGGGGACCUUGAGAGGAACUUGUGGUGUUGUAAGCUAGACAUGGGAAGGAAGAGAAGGAAGCUGGUGGUGGAGUGGUUGCUUGAAAAUGGUGUUUGGCAAUUUGGAUGGAAAGGGUGGGAAAAUAUGGGUGGCGAGAAAGAGAAGUCGUGGAGGGAAUUGAAUUGUGAGAAUGGAGAAGUUUGUGGUUGGGCAAGAGGUUACGUGGUCCUACGAAUUGAUAUUGGUGCUCCCACUUGCAGGUGAUGAGCUGCUCCGUUUGAUUCAGAUUAUCUCUGCACAUGAGUCAUGACAUGAUAGCAUUCAAUAUUUUUCCAUUUCUUCAGCCAAACGGAUCCAGAAUCCAUUUCCAACUGUCAGCAUUGCAUUAUAAAACCGAUCACGUAACUUGU